UCGACAGUUCAAAUCCUUGUUAGGAUCUCUGAACGGCACAGGAUGUCAUGAACGCCUUUAUUGACGCACUUUUUGGAGUACACGAAGAGCUUUCCAAGGAAGUGCAGAAGAAGAAGAACUACCUUGCUGCUGCAACUCAUGAUUACGAAGAAUCACAGAUUCUUCUUCUGCAAGCUAUUGAUUAUUUCUGUGAAAAGUCUGGCCCUGAGGUUGUGAAGGAGAUAGCAUUAGUUCUGAAAACACUCUAUGAUGAGGAUGUGUUGGAGGAAGAGCACAUUGUUCAGUGGUACAAUGAAGAGGUUGCUGCUAGUGGUAGCAAAAAUUCACAGAUAUUGAAGAAUGUCAAGCCCUUCAUUGAGUGGUUGCAGAGUGCUGAAUCUGAAUCCGAAUAGAGAUGAAAUAAAAAAAAAUCUAUGAAAACCUACAAGUCUUAUUA